AUGGGCGGAGCCCUCGCCGCCAGUGCUGGUGGCCGCCGCCGCUGCCGAUCCCGAGCGGACGCCUCUGCUCCCGCGCGUCGCUGCUUCCUAGGGCGGCGGUAUGCUGGGGAAAGGGGUAGUCGGCGGUGGCGGCGGCACCAAGGCGCCCAAGCCCUCCUUCGUGUCGUACGUGCGCCCUGAGGAAAUUCACACAAAUGAGAAAGAAGUAACAGAGAAGGAAGUAACUCUUCACUUGUUGCCAGGUGAACAGCUGCUUUGUGAAGCCAGCACAGUGCUGAAGUAUGUCCAGGAAGAUUCCUGUCAGCGUGGGAUCUAUGGGAAACUUGUCUGCACAGACUUUAAGAUUGCUUUCUUGGGCGAUGACGAAUCGGCACUGGAUAAUGAUGAAACCCAAUUUAAGAAUAAGGUUAUAGGAGAAAAUGACAUCACACUCCACUGUGUUGAUCAGAUUUAUGGAGUGUUUGAUGAGAAAAAGAAACCUCUCUUUGGACAACUGAAGAAAUACCCUGAGAAACUCAUCAUCCACUGCAAAGACCUGCGAGUGUUCCACUUUGGUCUGAGGUACACAAAAGAAGAGGAAGUCAAAAGGAUUGUCAGUGGCAUAAUUCAUCAUACCCAGGCUCCUAAACUGCUUAAAAGAUUAUUUCUGUUUUCCUAUGCAUCUGCUGCACAAAACAAUACAGCCACCGAUCCCAAGAACCAUACGGUAAUGUUUGACACACUUAAGGACUGGUGUUGGGAAUUGGAGCGGACCAAAGGCAAUGUCAAGUACAAAGCAGUGAGUGUCAAUGAAGGCUAUAAAGUCGGUGAAAGAUUGCCAGCAUUCUUUGUUGUCCCCACCCCUCUUCCUGAAGAGGACGUGCGAUGCUUUCAGGGUCGUGGCAUACCAAUAUGGUGUUGGUCCUGCCAUAAUGGAUGUGCCCUUUUGAAAAUGUCAGCCCUGCCCAAAGAACAGGAUGAUGGCCUUUUACAAGUCCAAAAGAGCUUCUUGGAUGGAAUUUACAAGACCAUCCACAGGCCACCCUAUGAAAUUGUUAAAACCGAAGACCUGUCCAGCAACUUCCUGUCGCUUCAGGACAUCCAGACUGCAUACUCUAAAUUUAAACAGCUCUUUCUGAUAGAUAAUAGUACUGAAUUUUGGGACACAGAUAUAAAAUGGUUUUCUCUGUUGGAAAGCAGCAGCUGGCUUGACAUAAUCAGACGUUGCCUGAAAAAAGCAAUAGAGAUUACAGAAUGUCUAGAAGCACAAAACAUGAACGUUCUUCUUUUAGAGGAGAAUGCUUCCGACCUCUGCUGCCUCCUUUCCUCUCUGGUGCAAGUGAUGAUGGACCCCCACUGCAGAACCAGGGUUGGUUUCCAGAGCCUCGUCCAAAAGGAGUGGAUCAUGGGCGGGCACUGUUUCCUGGAUCGCUGCAACCACCUCCGUCAGAGCGACAAAGAGGAGGUUCCUGUGUUCCUGCUUUUCUUAGAUUGCGUCUGGCAGCUGGUGCACCAGCAUCCCCCAGCAUUUGAUUUCACAGAGACUUACCUGACUGUUUUGUCAGAUAGUCUGUACCUACCUAUUUUCAGCACCUUCUUCUUCAAUUCGCCUCAUCAAAAAUAUAUUAACAUGGGUAGGGAAAGCCAGGAUACACAAAGCAAGCCUUUGAAUCUGCUCACCGUGUGGGAUUGGUCCGUACAGUUUGAAUCUAAAGCCCAGAUGUUGCUCAAAAACCCUCUUUAUGUGGAAAAGCCAAAACUGGACAAAGGCCAGCGGAAAGGAACGCGUUUGAAACAUCAACGACAACUUUCUUUACCACUCACCCAAUCUAAAUCAUCUCCCAAAAGAGGAUUUUUCAGGGAAGAAACAGAUCAUUUAAUUAAAAACCUUCUGGGCAGGAGAAUUAGCAAAUUAAUUAAUUCUUCUGAUGAGCUGCAAGACAACUUUCGAGAGUUCUAUGAAAGCUGGCACAGCAAGCCCACGGACUACCACGGUCUGUUGCUGCCUCACAUCGAGGGGCCAGAAAUCAAAGUCUGGGCCCAGCGCUACUUGCGCUGGAUCCCAGAAGCCCAAAUCCUGGGUGGUGGCAGAGUGGCCACCAUGAGCAAACUCUUGGAAAUGAUGGAGGAAGUAGAGCACUUACAAGAGAAAAUCGACGAGAGACACCACAGCCAGGGGGCCCUCCUGGCAGAGGCCCCCCCGUUGCUGAGGAGCUCUGCCCGCUUGUCGUCUUUGUUUCCUUUCGCUCUGCUGCAGCGACACUCCUCGAAGCCAGUCUUGCCCACCAGUGGCUGGAAAGCUUUGGGCGAUGAAGACGAUCUGGCCAAACGAGAAGAUGAGUUUGUGGAUCUGGGGGAUGUGUGACUCGUCUGUUCAGUGAUUGUGAAGGAAGAACGCUGAGGGCUGGGACAGGAGUCGAACACAUUUGAUCUCCCGAUUAGUGGGUCACGCUGAAGCUUACUGCUGCGGGGGGCGCGGGGAGGCAUUAGUCCAGGGCUCUGUAGCAGGAAGCCUGGACCUUCAGGAAA